AUGCUCAACAACAAGAUCGUCCUGGCACUCGCAGCCGCUUCCUUUGUGGCCGCUCAAGAGAUUGAGCGCAAUGACAUUCCCCAGGAAUGUCGCUCCAUUUGCGAGCCCGUAAUUGACAUAAGCCGCCGCUGCAAUUUCGACAACGAUCAAAGGGAGCGAGACUGCAUCUGCGAUGUAGCCAACAACGCGUCGUUUGCGACUUGCAACGAAUGCACUCUCCGCUAUCCCCAAUUCUUCGUUGACACCGAUAACGAUAACGACGAUAUCAACGACGUCAACGACAACGACGACAACGAGGUCGCCAACUGGUACAACAGAUGCGCUUUCGGCGGCAACUCAACCACUGCUCCUGGUGCAUCCAUCACCUCGGCGCCAACUCCUCCUCUUUCGAUGUCGACUGGUGUAUACACAACGACUAUCUGCGACRAUGAUGUUUUUGAUAACGACAACGACCUCGAUGAUGACCGUGAUACUCCUGACAACGAUGAUGUCUGCCGCACUCGUGUCAUGACAGGCGCGAUUCCUGUGGUUCCUGUAACAGCUACCACGACCGAUGCUUCAGGCAGUACCGUUACGUCUUCAUUCUUCACCACCACAUCCACUGGCACUCGGGGUCCCCAAGCCACUCAAACGGGCCAGACGGGUACAGGCGCCGGAUCAUCGAACUCAGGCAACGGCAAUGGAAACAAUGACGCCAAUGGUAACAACGACCUUCCGGCAUCUGAUGGCGGAGCUAUGGCGAUGGCAAUCCCGAUGCUCUGGGCUGGUGCUGGCAUGGUCUUUGUAGCGUUGGCUUACAUCUGA